UUUCCUUCCUUAAAUAUGGAUCACAGUUUUUAUUUAUUAAUAAAUUAAAGUAAUUGAGAAACCCCCCGAGUCCAGGAUUCAUUGCACCUUGCAGAGAAGUAGAAGAAACGUCUAAUUUACAAAAUCUCCUCUUUCACUACAAAUACCCAAACGCAUCUCUUUCCUCGAGCUGUCGGUGUUUUUUGUUUCUCUUCCCCGGAUCCAUUCGUCUUCUGCGUCUUCCACAGGAGGAGACUGCAAACAAAUCUGAAAUGUCCCGUGGAAGGGUUCCUUUCACGGAUCUGAAACGAGUAUACGAUGUUGAGCAAGCGUGCUCUAUGCCAAACACAUUCCAAGACGAUGAUGAUGAUGAUGAUGAUGAUCUAUGGCCGCUUGGUGAGAUUGAUCCCAAAAAGUUGAAAUUCCCUUGCUGUAUAGUCUGGACUCCUCUCCCCGUCGUCUCUUGGUUGGCUCCUUUCAUUGGCCACGUUGGUCUUUGCAGAGAAGAUGGAGUCAUCCUCGACUUUGCUGGCUCUAACUUCAUCAGCGUUGAUGAUUUCGCUUUUGGUCCUCCUGCUCGCUAUCUGCAACUCGAUAGAAAACAGUGUUGCAUGCCACCGAACUUGGGUGGGCACACUUGCAAGUACGGGUACAAACACACAGAGUUCGGAACGGCGGUUACAUGGGACGAUGCGCUGAGCGCGAGCGCGCGUAGCUGUGAGCAUAGGACUUACAACCUCUUCACAUGUAACUGCCAUUCGUUUGUUGCAAACUGUCUGAACCGCCUUUGCUAUGGCGGUUCGAUGGAGUGGAAAAUGGUGAAUAUUGCUGUUCUGAUUCUGAUGAAAGGGAAGUGGGUCAGCGCGUCGUCUGUAGUCCGGUCGUUUCUGCCGUGUGCUGUGGUUACGUGUCUUGGUGUAUUGCUUGUUGGGUGGCCCUUCUUGAUCGGCCUCUUCUCUUUCUCGCUAUUACUCGUCGCCUGGUUCAUAAUUGCUACUUACUGUUUUAAGAACAUAAUGUGUUGAAAACAAACUAUAUAUUAUACUAUCUUGGAGUUGUUCUCUUUUUCUUUUGACAUUUUCUAGCUUUCAACUCCAUUAAAUAUUUUACUUCUCUCA